GGCCCCGGCCCCGGCCCGCGCCUUCCGCCCGUCUGCGACCCGCGGUCGCCCAGCGCCGGCAUCCCGCGCACCCCCAUCGAGGUGGAGAAAUCCCCACAGAGAAGCCCCCUUCCUGAGCACAUAGAGGAGAUGGGAGUAGCCGGACAGAGCCAGAGCUGGGAUCCACGAUCACCUACCUGCGGCAUCUUGCGCACCCCCAUGAAAGUCUUGAUGAGUGACACCAUAAACUGCUUGGUGAAGCAGCUUAGUGAAGCUUUUGGAGCAGAGCUGCUGAAUCAGGAGUUGCAACUGGAGCAGCCACCAGCCCAGGGACCAAAGCCUGGAGCUGCCGAUGUUCCAGGGAAAGAAGCAAAAGGAAGGAAGGUCCAGGAGGAGAGUUCUGCCAGGGAUGCUUCCCUGGAGAAGACCUCUGUGUUGGUAGAGGAGGGAGAGAAGCAGCCAUCUCCCAAUACUUGUACUGGGGCUGUAAUGUGGCCAGCUUGCUUCACAGAGCCCACUUUUCCUUCAAUGGGCAAGCCCACAAGACGCAAAGCCAGCAACAAAAUCCUAGCAGCCUCUGGUGGUACUGGGCGCUCUCCUCUCAGCAUCCUCCAGGACGACAAUUCCCCAAGCAACCUUGUUCCUCGCCAGGGUAAGAGACACCUGUCACUAACAGAGAACCUAGGGGAGAGGAAGGAGGCGACAGCAGAGUCAGGUCGCAGCCUCAAAUUGGGGGUUUCUGCCUGGGAUGACUUGAACAAGGAAAACCAGCAGUGUCGUUUGGUGGAGAAUUAAAAAGGGCCUCCUUUUCACUACGUCCCUCAUGAUUGUUUUCCUUUUGUAUUUCUCAAAUGGAAUUCUUCCAAGGGGAAAGAAUUUUGCGGAAGGGCAAGGAGAACCUGGCCUGUGGUCACUUUAUCCUUUUAAAACCAAGCCUUUCUGCAGGAGAAGAUAAAUAGGCACAUCCUUUUUUUUCUACCUUAGUUUUAUAUGUACCUAUGUUUUGUGUACAGGCUUCUGGUCCCUGGCUCUCUUAGUUUCUGAUAUCUUGCCAGCACUCAACUCAAUGUAUAGUUUCUGUAUGUGGUGAAUAAAUGUAUUUUAAAGCU